AUGUUCUCAUGGUGGUGGCUUGCUGGAUUGAUGCUGAUUGCCACUGUGUGGCUUUUUGGUGUUCGACUUCUCUCAUUGCUCGAUUCGUCCAACACGAUUAUUUUCAAUGGAAAGAAGAGGAAGUGCAGCCAAAUGCAGCAGUACAGGUUUGAUGAUGAUCGCUCCGCAUCAACAACAAGUUCUGCUCUGACUUCUCCCAAUACUGCAGCAAAACCAUCAGAUGAUUCAAACCGCCUUCGGAUUGCCAUCACUAUUGAUGAUAUACCUUGGAAGUAUUCACUACCCAAGUUCGCACCCGGCCAUGGUAGAAAACAGCCCUCAGUUUCAUCAUCUAGUCCAAGCACACAAGUUCAUAAUUGUGAUGACCACAAUGAAAAGGUAAACACCAAACACGAGUUGUUCUCUUCCAGUAUUUCUGAAAUUUGCCAAGUCUUGAAACAACACAAUGCGUGUGCUACCUUGAUGAUGAUUGGCAACUAUUGUAUUCGGAAUUUACAGAAAAACGCUCAACUCGUUGAGAAAUUUGUAGAGUGGCUUGAUGAUGGCAUUAUAGAGUUGGCCAAUCAUGGCAUGACCAACUCAAAGCAUGCUUCUCUGCCUAAAAACAAGCUUGUGAUGGAAAUUGAAAAUUGUGAAAAGACUGUCAACGAUAUUUUACUCGCUCCUCUCAACGAGAGAAGAAAGUUGAAGGGGAAAGCUCCUCUCGAGAGUGUCAUGACCAAAUAUUAUCGACCCGGGCAUGGUUUUUUCACUCAAGAAAUGAUCCAAACAUGCCAAGAAUUGGAGUAUGAUAUCGUGCUGGGAAAUAUUUAUUCCUUUGAUCCACAAGUACCCAUUUGGUGGCUCAAUUUGGUCAAUAUUGUAAUCGUGAGUUAUGUGUACGACUUGGUGAAAUUAUUGUCUUUUGGGUUUCUAUGCUCCCACGAUCAUCAUCAAAUCGUAAUUCUACAUGACAGACCUUGGACUGCACAACUACUCAAUUACUUGCUGCCAUUUCUCAAAUGGAGAAGCUAUGAGGUGUUGACAUUGUCAAGCCUGCUCUCAACCACUCAGUGA